AUGAGCGUCGUAGUACCCGUGAAGAAGUCCGACGAUUCGGAUGAGCGCACCGGCUUCUUAGAAGCACUGAAGCUGAGCUGGGCCUACACACUCGCCGAUGUCCGGCGCCGACCGCGUAAUAUCAUCAUCGGCAUCGCUGCGGUGAUGCUGCUCGUCUUUUUCUCUGCUGUUGUCGUCAUCGGGGUCUGGAAGACCCCAUAUAUCUUGCUACGCCUCGCGGAACUAACAGUGGGCGAGAUGGACGUCAUUCUCUACGGUGACGGCGAUACGCUGUUGCUCAACUACACAAAGCUGAACCAGAGCUUUGUCAAAUCCCCGGUCGUCGCUGGCGCGGCGCCGCGCUGGGUCGCUCGAGCGGACAUGACCUCCGCGGCGACCUAUCGCGCACGCAUGCACCACGCCACGGGUGCACGUACUAAGGACCGCGUCACGGCGACCAACAUCCUGCUCAUCAACUCCGAGCUGGAGAAACUGGCCGGCAUUGGACGCGGGUGGCCGUACCGCGAGAUUGGCUUUGACGAGGCCCAAAUCUUCUUUUCAGCCGCAAACUACAUCGGCGUCUCCGGCAACAAGGGUGAGCGCGUUCACCUUAGCCUCAACGCAUCCUCUCUUAGCACGGCCAUUGGCAUCGACGCCAUGUCUUUCAACAUAACACGCCCCCAAAAGGUGACGGACCCCAUCUCCUUCUACCUAAAGGCCUUCUUCCUGCUCAACAACAUCACAGCGGACUCGAUACCGGUGUUUGACGUCGUAUCGCUGAGCAUGGCAGCGACCAUGGCGGACGCGGUGGAGACGACGGCCGGUAAGUACUCGAGUGCACUCGGCAACGUCGUAAUCAUGGACUGCCGGGAAUUCCUGAACGUGCUGGUGGAUCAGAGCUGCCUGCUUGGGCCGCAGACUAUCAGCCCGGCAGAGGGCUACUACUUCCCGACCACUGCCGAGCUGUUCAACAUCUCACUCCCCUCAACGAACUCCUUCAACAUCCAGGACUAUGCGAUGAUGGUGGUGGUGAUGCUGGAGGGGCGGUACGACAUGUACUAUGCCGACACGAAGUCGCGCAGGGCAAUGUUGACGGAGAAGAGCAACAAGCUAAUGCGAACUGUCGGCCUCAACUUCGACGGCUCCGUGGAGUUUCCGGUGGACAAAACUAUCCAGACGCUCGAUACGUUCCGCACGUUGAUGACGGCGGCCUCUGUGACGGUGGUUGUCGCCAUUGUGGUGCUCGGGACCAUCCUUAUGUUCACACUGCUUCAGAUCAACGCCGAGGAGCGGCAGUUCGAGUUGGCCAUGAUUCGCGCGCAGGGUAUGCCGCGCACACCGAUUAUCGGUAUUCUGGUUAUGCAGACGCUCGCCUUCACCGUGCCUGGCACAGCGUUCGGUGUGCUGCUCGCAUGUGCGGCGAAUGCCAUCCUCGAGAGGAUGCUGGCGAACUUCACCAUGGCCCCAGCCCGCUUGGGCAACGUCCCGAUCGCCGCCAUUGUGAUUGGCAUUCUGAUGGGCCUGCUGCUGCCGCUGGUGGCCACCUACAGCCCGGUGAAGAAGGCGCUGAGCAGCAGCCUGCGUGACGCGUUGAACAUCUACCGCCAGGUGUACAACGAGGCGCACGUGAAGGCUAUUCGGCUAGAGGAGAUGGGUCUAAGCAUGUGGCAGGUCUUCCUCGGCGUCUUCCUGGUCUUUGCGGGCUUCCUGGUGUACUACCUCAUGCCACUGAGCUUCAUCUUUUCCAACAUGAUGAUGUUCUUCAUCCUGCUCGACUUUGUGCUCAUCUGCAUGAUUGCCGGGCUGUGCAUGAUGACGUACGUCGUCCAGGGGCCGGCGGAAGUGUUUGUGCUGUAUCUGCUUCUGUGGGGCCGCGAGACACGGCUAUGGACGCUCAUCCGCAAGAACUUGCGCAGUCACCGUGACCGAAACUCCAAGGCGUACAUGAUGUUCCUACUGAGCGUGGCGUGCCUCGUCGCAUCCGGCGUGAUGUUCAGCAUGAUGGCCACCAUCUCCUCUCAGUUGGCGGAGCUGACGGCCGGUGCGCCGGUGACAGUGACAUCGAAAUCCUUCCAGAACCCCCUCCACCAGGCAAGCCUCGACGCGUUCCUGCGUGGUGAGGGAAGCCGCUACGUCUCGCAGUGGGCCUACACCUCUUUCGCGCUGCGCGAGUACCCACAGAUCGCCAGCAAGACAAGGGUCGGCAACCUCAUCGGCAACCUUCGCACCCUCGACGUGCGGGCGGUGACGGAGUUCUUCAUGGACGCCACCUACCCGGAAUUCAACAUGGUGAACAGCUACCGCAGCGGCUACAAGUACCCGAUGAACACCUUCCACCAGCGCGACGUUAUCCGCAGCAUGUACGAGCACCCGCCGCACCGCAACAUAAGCAAGGAGCAGGGCAUCAUCGUCAAUGGGUUCCCCUACGGAGUCAAGAUUCCGAACGUGACGGCGAAGGAGUCGCAGGUGAUUCCAAUGAUCAUCUCCUCUGCCGCCCAGGACGAGAUUGGGCUGGACGUGAACUCCGCAGCCCAGCUGCGCUUCAACUACUUCCUGAACGACAGUGUCCAAGUAAUGUCCACCAUCUUCUACCUUGAGCCGCGCGCCCUCAUGGACCGCAUCUCCGGCUUUCUCAAGGUCUCCUCGCUGCCCAUCCUCUUCACCAAAGGUACCAUUCUGGUGCCGACCAAGUACUUCCAGAGCCUGCUCAACCCGGCGGAACUCGACUUCGACCCGGAGCAGAUGAUCUCAAUCAUCCACCACGCCAUCCUGGAGGUGCGGCAGUCAGUGCUGUAUGUGCAGCUCCGCAGCAAUGUCACGAGGCGCGAGCGCGAGAUCUUUGUGAACGAGCUCCAGACGCACACCGAUACUCUCCGCCACACAAUUGUUGACACCGAAGCCACCGUGGAGCAGCUCCGCUCCGUGCAGGACCUGAUUAUGGGCUUCUUCUACUUCACCUCGGUCAUCUGCAUCACGCUUUGCGCUUUCAUGAUGUGGGCCACCUUCAUAUCUAACGUGCAGCUGAAUGCGUGGACCUUUGGUGUGCUGCGCUCGCUCGGUUUCCGCACCGCGCAGCUGAUGCGCUGCGCCGUCUACGAGGCCCUCUGUAUCGUCAUCUCUGCGUUUGCACUGGGGCUGGUGGUGGGCGUUGCGGUGGGCGUCAUCAUGGCCAUCGAGCUGUGCCAGAUCCUGGUCCUCCCGUUCCAUUUUACCUUCCCCUACGCGCUGGUGAUCAUCGUGCUCGGCAUGGCGCUCGCGGCCGCCAUCUUUGGCUCCAUCGCGCCGCUUCUGCGCCUGCGCAAAAAAUCCAUCUCCUCUGUCCUGCGCGGCAUCUAG